CUCGGCCUCAAGCUUCAAUUUUUCCCUCGCAUACUCGCUUCUCGCUGCAUGAUCUCUUUCAUUUCUUCCGAUCGUCCGACAAAUCUUUGUUUCGAGAAUGUUUUUCCGGCGAAACAUGUCUCCGUCGUAGUUACGGUCGUCCGUUUUCUUUCUUGCUGUACAGAUACUUUGGUCCCCUCUCGUCUUCCGCUCAUUAGCAGGUCGGUGUCCGUCGCGGCUGCCGAAAAAGUUCGUCUUUUUCCAUCGUUGGGGACAUGAAUUUUAAGCAUUUAGUGUCCGCCAGACGAACUAUCGGUAGUUUAUCUAGGCUGAACAAUGAGAGGACGCUGUCGCAAAUCGCGGGUUCUCGAAGAAGCGUCUUUCGCGUCCUCUCGCUGGUUUCUCCUUGUGGAGGUGAGCCGUAUGGCGGUGGGAAGAAUGCUUCCGUCGAUGGCCCGAAACGGCCCGGUUUUAGUCUCGGCUUCGGUAGAAGCAUCCACGCUCUGCGAGAAGGUAAUGUGAGCGAUUCAGAGGAUGACGAUGGAACCAUGAAUGAGUAUUUGUCCCGUUUUGUCUGGAUUAUGCGCGGAAAGCUCAAUGAAGCUUACCCAGAUAGCGAUAAGCAGACGGUCCAUGGGAUGCUGUUGAUCAUUGUCGAGAACGUGGUGGCCGAGAUGGAAAAAGGUGGCCUGCAGGGUAAGCUCGGUGGGGACGCUUCCCUUCCUUCCCAAGAUUUGAGUGAGGAUUUGUGGAGAACAGUGUGGGAGGUCAGUAAUAAGGUUUUGGAGGAUAUGGAGAAAGAGAGGAAGAAGGAAAAGAUGAAGGGUUUUAUGCAAGAUGAGGAAGUUAAGGAAAUGUGUAGAUUUGCUGCUGAGGUGGGCAUUCGUGGGGAUAUGUUGAGAGAGAUGAGGUUCAAAUGGGCGCAAGAGAAGAUGGAGGAGAGGGAAUUUUACCGAAGUUUAGAGCAUUUAAGGGAAGAAGCACUGAAAGAGGAUAAAGAAGAUGAAGAGGACAGUGGCAAGGCUGAAGCUAUUGGAGAAGAUAUUGCGGUUGGUGAGGCUACACCUGAGGUUGUUUCUCUUCCAAAAAGACAAGGAAAGUUCAAGUACAAGAUUUAUGGACUCGAUCUUUCGGACCCAAAAUGGGCUGAAGUGGCUGACAAGAUCCAUCAGUCUGAGGAGAUCACUUGGCCACAGGAACCUAAGCCAGUUUCUGGUAAAAGCAAGCUUGUGACUGAAAAGAUUAUCUUGAUGAAAGAGGAGGAUGACCCUUCCCCACUUUUGGCUGAAUGGGUGGAGCUUAUGCAACCUAAUAGGGUUGAUUGGACAGCUCUCCUUGAUAGACUGAAAGAACAAAAUCCGCGCAUGUAUUUGAAGGUAGCAGAACAUUUAUUGAAUGAAGAGUCUUUCCAAGCAAAUGUCCGUGAUUAUUCGAAGCUUAUUGAUGCCUAUGCUAAAGAUGGCAGCCUUGAAGAUGCAGAGAGAAUCCUCAAGAAGAUGUAUGAAAAUGGUAUCCCACCAGAUAUUCUGACAGCUACCAUUCUCGUUCACAUGUAUUGUAAGGCAGGGAAACUUGACCGAGCUAAGGAAGCAUUUGAAAGUUUAAAGGAACAAGGCUUCCGACCAGACAUGAAGAUCUACAACUCGAUGAUCAUGGCUUAUGUAAAUGCUGGUCAGUUAAAGAUGGGUGAGAUCUUAAUGAGAGAGAUGGAGGCGAGAGACAUGAAAGCCUCAGAGGAGAUUUACAUGGCAUUGCUUAGGUCAUUUGCCAAAAAUGGUGACGUUGAUGGAGCCAGCAGGAUCACUACUACCAUGCAGUUUGCUGGGUUCCAGCCAAGUUUAGAGUCUUGCUCAUUGCUUGUUGAGGCAUAUGGGCGGAAAAAUGAACCAGAUAUGGCAAGAAACAAUUUUGAUUACAUGAUAAAACUGGGACUUAAGCCUGAUGACAGGUGUACAGCUAGCAUGAUUGCGGCUUAUAUGAAGGCAAAUUAUCUGGAUAGGGCCUUGAAUCUUCUAUUGCAACUGGAAAAGGAUGGUUUUGAACCUGGAGUCCAUACUUAUGCCAUCCUUUUAGAGUGGUUGGGAAGGAUGCAAUUGAUCGAUGAAGCAGAGCAAGUAUUGGAUAAAAUAGCACUGCAAGGUGAGGCUCCUCCUUUUAAGGUUCACUUAAGCCUCUGCGACAUGUACUCGAGGGCUGGCAUGGAAAAGAAGGCUCUUCAAACUCUUGGUGCUAUUGAGGCUAAGAAGGAGCAGUUGGGAUUGGAUGAUUUUGAAAAAGUUGUGAAUGGGCUUAUAGCUGGUGGCUUCAUUCAGGAAGCUGAGAGGAUGCAUGCAUUGAUGCAAGCACAGGGUUUUGCGCCAUCGGAGUCACUUAAGGUCGCUUUGAUGGCAUCUCAAGCUUUUGGCCGCAAGAGACCUGGUAUAAGAUAAGAGCUGCUGGUGCGACUGUUGUAUUGCAAGCGUUUGGCCAGAUGACUAAGCAUGCUCAGGACUCCUUAUAAUGGCUGGAUUAGUCAACUGGGUUGAGUUGAACACGUGAGGUCAUGGAAUGUAGCCAAUCAAACUAUGGAGUGUCCAUGGUAUCAUGAGCUCUGCUUUGUUUGUAAUCUUAGGAGGAUUCACAUUUUAUUUUGCCUGUUUUGCUUCUUCCAUUCUGAUGGUCCAGUGAUUUAGUUGGACAGGUUUUUGUAUCCGUAAUUAGGGCAAGGUUGUUUUGGCACACUCCAUCUUAUAAGGCUCAAAAUAGCUCACAUUUUGCGUCUCUUUAGGGAACGAAAAUAAUCAGAUUGAUAUCUCUAAUCUCUAUACAGAUUCGGGCUUCAGCUUUUCGCGAA